GAGCACGCAGCGAAAGCCGAGAAUGCAGCCACAGCCGAGUAUGCAGCCACAGCUGAGGAUGCAGCGCCCGCGGAAUCUCACUCCGGGCCGGUGGACUUAGCUGUUUUGAGCGCUGAGAAUCCGACGGUAAAUCUUCGCGUGUCCGCGUCGUCGGGGCUGGAGAAUGUGGCCAAGUCUGCGGACGCUCCUGUCGGCCCCUGCGCGGUAUGGUGGGUCGCGGAUCCAAGGCCAUGCGCGCGUGUGCGCCGUCCCCGAUGAAGCCUGCCGUCCCGCGGGAGCCGUUGCCGUCGCAGCUGACCGCCGCUCCGCGAGGCUCGUCUGGAGUGUGAGCAGCGCGCGGAGCUCGAGUGACUCUAAGCAGCAGCAGCUGCACGAUUGGCAGCAGCAGCGGCAGCAGCAGAGGCAGGCUCAAGUGGCCAGUUCUCGGCCUUCGGGCAGCGAGACUACAGGAGGAGGGGCCCCCAGGGCACCUGUACGAGCGGGUGUGAACAUCGGAGGGAGGCCUGCUCCGGGAGCAGUGGGGGCGAGAGCAGGGCCGAAAGAAGCGUGUUGGCGCGGUGGGAUAGGGAGUGGCGGGAAUCACGGCGGGAAUCGCGUCGCAGCAGCUGCGGGGUUUACGUUCUCCGCCGCUGCGACUUCUGUAACUGCGAAAAUGGCCGCUGCUGUUGCUCGCACUGCUCUUUCUGCGAAACCGCGGACGCUGAUCAAGGAUGUGAAAGCUGCUGCCACGGAGGGAGCGGUCAGCGGCGUGGGAGCGAGAAAGGCACGGUUUGGGUUUGGCCUUGGCGGAAAGGCCGCACCGGCUUCCAAGGAGAAAGAGGAGGAGGCGAAGGUCGCUCGCAGCAGUCAGGUCGCAGCAGCAGGCAUGGGGCAAGGGGGAGCGAAGCGGGUGGCAGCAGACAGCAAAGUGGCGAGCGGGAAGCAGAUGGUGGCGAGCAAGGGCAGUGCUCUUGCCAAGGAAAAGGUGGCGCCUGCGUCCACGUCCCCUCUUGCUGCGGCGCUGAGAGUGGCCGCCAACCACUCGAAGCUGCUGGGACUCAGCUCCAAAAUUCCGGCUGGAGUCGGUAAGCUGAGUGAGAAGCCGGCAGGGAAGGCGGCGCAAGGUUCUGGUCCGGGUGCUAAGAUGGAGGCGACGCAGGGGCGAGCUGGUCCGCACAAGACGCAGCAGGCCCACGCAGGACCUUCCCAGGCCAAAGCCGAGGUGGGCUGUCACCCCUCGGGCGAGUCGAGAGAGCGACCCAUCACAGAAGAGAAACACCCCUAUCAGCUCGCGCACGAGCAGCAGCUCGCAGAAGCCCUCCCGCGGGUGGAGAAGAAGGCGGGCAGUGGCAGCCCGUGGAUCCCGGGAGGCGUGGCGCAACCCUCCGCCGUUGCCACGGCAGACGCUGCGUUCUCGGCCAUGUCCACCCCUAGGAGCAGCGACGCCGGGCAGCAGCUCAGCAGGGAGAGGGAGGGGCAGCACCAGGGGCAGCACCAGGCCGACAAGGACGGACAGGCGGAGCAGCAGGGGCAGGAUGCGCAGCAGGGGGCGGUGGUGAUGGCUGCGUUUGCAAUGCUGGAUAUGAAGGGCGUGAGCGUGAGGAGAAGGCAGGCAGUGAUGUGAACGCUGGUGGCAAGGUGGUGAGUGGGUUUGGCGGGGUGCCCAGCGGAGAGGGUGAGGAGCAUGGGGCGGAUGAGGGGCACAAGACGCCUGGGACCAAGAGUGGGGGCGAGUGCGAGAAGGGAAGGAAGGGACUGUCGUUCAAGGCGAUUGGGGCAUUCGUUGCUGGAGGGAGCCCUUGGAAGAAAUCAGCGAGGAAGGUGGCAGCAGAGAGGAGAGAGAGGAGAAGGCGAACUGCUUGAGGGAAGAGGAGAAGGAGGCGAUGAAGGAGAAGGAGAGUGACGCGUCAGUGCUGUGCACUCCACAGAAGU